AUGCUGUUCUCCCUGAGGGAGCUGGUCCAGUGGCUGGGCUUCGCCACCUUCGAACUCUUCCUCCACCUGCUGGCCCUGCUGGUCUUCAGCAUGCUGGUGGCGCUGCGAGCCGACAUGUUCACGCCCUCGCUGAGCUGGUGGCUGGUCUUCGUGCCGCUGUUCGCCGCCGACGGCCUCAGCACCUACUUCACGGCCAUCGUGUCCAUCCGGCUGUACCAGGAGAACGAGAAGCGGCUGGCGGUGCUGCGGCUGCUGUGGGUGCUGACGGUGCUCAGCCUGAAGCUGGUGUGCGAGGUGCUGCUGUGCCAGAAGCUGGCCGAGCAGGACCAGGCCCGAGACCUGUGGUUCGGCCUCAUCGUGUCGCCGCUGUUCAUCCUGCUGCAGCUGCUCAUGAUCCGAGCGUGCCGCGUCAACUGAGGUCGUGGUCGUGAGGUCACCGGUCAGAGAUCAGUCCUCCUCUGCCUUUUGAGAUUUAAAUAACAGUGGUGUGAUUCCUCCUUUUUGGUUUAUCGGCACCUUAAAAACACUUUUAUUUAUUGUUUUUUCACACACAUGUUCCAGGUCACACCAGAGUUAUCAUCUGUGUUUCCAACAGCGAUAAAGUUUAUGAUGCUUACUUAAGUUUAAAUUGUUGUGUUUUUAAAAGAAGGAGCAGACGAUCUAUUUAGCGUCUUGCUGAAUGAACAUGGACAUCUUGUCUAAAAGCGUUGUGCACAUCGGAACCAGGGCAGAUUUUUCUCGUUUGGACCCCGAAGUUCCAAUGAAAGUAAAAUCCAAGUAUCCCAGCACACUGUGAUAUUUUUUUGGACAAUAGUGCCCUUCCAGAUUUGUAACUUAACGUUUUGACUUCACAAUGGUCCGGUGCACAAAGUCAGGUCCAAGUAGAAAUCUGUUUUCUGUCGUCUGGUGUGGAAGAACCUGAUUGUCCGGCACAGAAUCCUCCUGGAAUUACUGAAAUCAUCCCCUGAAAGCAGAAGAGUGAAGACUCAUGUUCUCCCCAUGGUUUUAAAGUAAGAAUAAUAGAAUGACCACACACUUUUGGCCGUGUAGUGCAGACAAAAAUAAAAAUGGUAUCCAUCUCUACACUGAAUGAAAGAAAAAUGAAAGUAGACAACGUUUAUCUCAAUUGUUCUGAGCCCCUUUUCCUUCAGGAUGGUUUUUGACUUGAGUUGUUUGAACACAAAGAUUUGGAGAAGAUGUCAGAGCAGUAACGGUGCAUUGGGACUGAGGUCGUGCCUAAACCAGGACUGUGGUGCAGUCACAGGUGGACACUGAGCCAUGAGUGAAAUUUACACCAGAUGCCCGAUUUUAUGUUGUAAUGCGAAUGUGCACAGACCACAAAUUCAAUAAACAGGAGAAACCUCA